AUGCUCAAUCCAGAAGCCAAUCCUCUAUAUAGAUAAGUGUUGUAUGAUGGAGAGUAGAAAACCUAUAUUAGAACACUUUAAAAUCACAAGAAUUAAAAAGCUCACACUGAGCAAUAUUAAUGGUACGACAAACAGGAUUGUCUCAAAAACACGGAUAAAAUUACUACAAUAAAUAAUCUAUCAACUCUUUCGAAUGUUUCCUAUCAAAGAUUUAAGAAACCAGAAGAUAAUAAGAUCUUUACGCCAUUAGAACUGAGUAAAUAGACAGAUAUUAAAGUUAGAGAGCCCUGUUUCCUUCGGCAUCACCCAAGAGUUACAGAAAGUUCAGCUAAAAUUAUUGGCAGAUUCAUUUUAAAUGAAGGAAGUGGUCAUUAUAAUUUACCUCCAUUGUAGCCACCUUCUGAAACAUAUAGAAACAGAUCAUAAGUUUUUUUUGGAUGA